GUGGCAUUCAAACCAUUAUUAAACAUAAAUUCAAUUUAAAGAAUAUAACAAAUUUAACUUUUUAAGUAAUAUAAGUAGCGAUCGGUCUGUAAAUCGACAACAAAUAUAGCCUAAAGGCUGAGAGCAAAAGAAGGCGAAAAACAGCUUUAAAUAUCUGACAAUUGAGUUGUGGUUUGCAUUGCUUUCGAUACCUGCGAUCAGUGAAACUCGACUCUCCAGCCAAACAACUGUUUGAUUGACUUUCAAUUGGUAACUUUGAAGCGAAGAGAAACGAUAGCAAGAAUGCCCUGUCCUUUCGUCAGCCAAUUAUCCACUCAAUUCCUCGCAAGGAAUUACUCGACUUUAGUCCGCAAUUAUUUGCCGGUCUGUCCCGUAAUGUCCAGAAUCUCAACAAACUUUGCGCGAAAAUAUUCUGAUUUCACUGAAACUUCAACUGAAACUCGUGAAAAUGAAUUUCACAAAACUGAUGCAAUUAUUGACAAUAAUUCAGAAACUGUGGGAGAGAUGAGUGAAUGUCCAUUCCUUCAGACAGUGAAGCCCACUCUGAAAGCCGCCGAUCCGGAGAUGGUUCAGGACAUCAAAGCUGACACUCAAAGAAAGCCUUUCCAAUACAAUGAGUUCUUUCAACACCAGAUCCAGAAGAAGAAGGCGGACCAUAGCUAUCGGAUCUUUAGAAAAGUGUCCCGUUUUGCAGAGAAAGUUCCGUUCGCUAAUGAGAUGACCAAUGGAUGCAAACCUAUUACUGUUUGGUGCAGUAAUGACUACCUGGGAAUGACUGCUCAUCCAAAAGUGAAACAAUCUAUAAUCUCAGCGGUAGAGAAGUUUGGAUCGGGAAGUGGAGGCACAAGGAAUAUAUCGGGAAACACUCCACUUCACGAAGAGUUGGAAAAUGAAUUGGCAGACCUUCACCGCAAAGAAUCGGCCCUAUUAUUCACCUCGUGUUUUGUGGCCAACGACUCGACUUUGUUUACUUUGGCCAAAGCUUUGCCGAAUUGUCAUAUAUUCUCUGACGCCGGAAACCACGCGUCGAUGAUUAUGGGGAUCCGUAACAGUCAGGUUCCCAAACAUGUGUUCCGCACCUGUGAUGCCCAACACUUGCGGCAAAUGCUUCAAUCAGUCGACUACUCUGUGCCCAAAAUUGUCGCCUUCGAGACCGUCCACUCCAUGACAGGUGCCAUUAGUCCGAUCGAAGAGCUCUGCGAUAUCGCACACGAAUAUAAUGCUAUAACAUUUGUGGAUGAAGUGCACGCCGUAGGCCUCUAUGGCAAGAAUGGGGCCGGAGUUGGACAGAGGGAUGGAGUAAUGGAUAAAAUAGAUAUUGUUUCCGGCACUUUAGGAAAGGCAUUUGGAAACGUCGGCGGAUAUAUAGCUAGCAGUUCAACAUUGAUUGAUAUGAUCCGUAGUUAUGCGGCCGGCUUUAUAUUCACCACUUCUCUGCCCCCUAUCGUGCUGUCGGGUGCGCUCGAGUCAGUUCGGAUACUGAAAGGGUCUGAAGGAGAGAAACUGAGAAAUAGACAUCAGGAGAACGUCAAGUAUAUGAAAUCGGCGCUAAGAGAGGCUGGUUUACCGCAGAUGAACAGUGCCAGUCAUAUAAUACCAAUACUUGUGGGCAAUCCAUGGAUGUGUACGUGGAUUAGUAACGAAAUGCUCAGCAGAUAUGGGCAUUACGUUCAGGCCAUUAACUAUCCCACUGUCGCCAAAGGACAGGAAAGACUUCGUAUCGCACCGACACCUUUCCAUGAGAAGCAUAUGAUCGACACGUUUGUCGACGAUAUGCUUAAGGUAUGGAAAGAUACGGGACUUCCUCUGCAUCAAGACUUUUAUGACGCAAAGAGCUGUCACUUUUGUAAUAAACGGCUCGACGUAUCGGAUAACGGCCUUCCGUGCGGUUCCCGACAGGACUGUCCGCAACGCGCGAUUCAGAUAUAACGGGCGUUGAUAUAAAACAUGUUUUCCAUAAACAGAUAUAUAGUAAAUAUAAUGAUUUUAUUUUAAAAAGCGUAUAAAA